UUUGUUCUCGGCUUUACAUAUCGAGAAACAUGUAAUUUAUUUGAUACUUGAUUGGGGGGAAGUCGUCGACGGUGACGCUGGGUGGAGGAAGGCGUUGCUCGUCGCUCUAGCUGGGAACUGAGAGGAACGGAAAAUGGCGGAUCUCGAAGACGUUACCCUGGACGGGAGACCGCUCCAGUCUCUUCGAGUAGCGGAUUUAAAAGCUGCUCUUGAGGAGAGAGGACUCUCGAAAAGCGGACAGAAGAAUGCACUCAUCAAAAGACUCAAAGGGGCUCUCAUGCUGGAGAACCUGCAGAGGACCUCCACGGCUCAUGUUGGACUGCAACCAAACUCACAGAUUGGAGAGGAAAUGAGCCAGAACAGCUUUAUCAAGCAGUAUCUGGCUAAACAACAAGAGCUCCUGAGGCAGCGUCUGGAGAGAGAGGCUCGCGAAGCAUAUGAAACAAAUGAUCAAGAGGACCACUCAGAAGUUAAUAACAGUACCUCGUGCCCUCCUCAAGCCCAGGAUGUUACACCAGCACUGGCCGAGCAGUACAAGCCAGCCGGCCCCUCUGGUGGAGAGGGAUUGUUUGGUGCAGGCAAUGAGGGAGAGGCUGACAGAAACCAGGAGGCUAACGUGUCUGGUCCUCCUGCUUCUGGCUCUGUCGGCAUGCGUAUACCUGGUAGUGAGCAGCGGCCAGAAAGGGGUUCUGCAUCCAAUGAAGUCCCAGCUGACAGCGAUGAUGAAGAUAGUGAUGAUGCCGAGGAGGAUGGUGACGAUGAUGAUUGGGACAGCAGCGCCCGGAGGAGAAACCUCAGAGAGCCGGCCAGAGCUCCCACAACCAGAGAGAGGUCUGGAGCAUCCUGUCAACCCCAACAGCAACACAUGCCUUCCCUUCUGUCCCCUCAACUUCGCCAGCCAACACCUCCACCCUCCCCACCUCCAGAGUUAUCUUUCCCCUUGCCUGACACCCCCAAACAGAGUCCCCCUAGUCCAGAUGUAGCCCCAGCUAGGCGCUCACCCAGCUCUUCGAGCUCUGGUUCCUCAAGCAGUGGCAGCCGCAGUAGUAGCCCAGAACCACAGAGAAGUGGACAUGCUGAGCGCAAGCCUGGCCCACUGACCCUGCUGGCACGUAAGAUGGCAUCAGAAGGGGCUUUCUCAGGAGCAGGCUGGCACGGUGGUGAUGGAGAAGGUGAUAGGCAGGAUAGCAGCUCUCCCUCAGCCACAUCAUUUCCUGGCAGAGGGCCUCCAGAGGGUCUGGUAUCUGCUAUCACUCACACAGCCAACGCAGCAGGCCAUGUGCCAUUUCCCAUGAUUCCAGGCACCAACCAGGGUGUCGCAGGAGCACAUUCGGCCCAUAUUCAAGUACCUGUGAGUGUGCUCAAGGCAACUGCAACAGAAGAGAGGGACAGAAAGAGGGAAAAUGAGAUAGAAAGAGAAAAGGCCCUAGAGCUGGAAAGGCAAGAAAAGCAGAGAAAACUUGAGGAAGAGCGAGAAAGAGCUCUUGCCCUGGAGAGAGAGGAAAGAGAGAGAGCUCUGGAAAAAGAAAGAAUUGAAAGACAGCAGGCCAUAGAAAGAGAAGAACGAGAAAAGGCUUUGCAGCGGGAGAGAGAACUUGCUCUAGAGCGAGAGAGACAGGAGAGGGAAAGAGCUUUGGCUAAAGAAAGGGAAGAGCGAGAGCAGGCCUUGGCACGAGAGAGGGCCCUGGAGCUUGAGAGGCAGAAGGAGCUGGAGAGGCAGAGGGCUCUGGAGCAAGAACGUCUGCAGAAAGAAAAGGAGGAGAGGGAGAAGCGAGAGCGAGAAGAACUGGAGAGAGCGAUGGAGCUGGAAAGGAAGGAGAGAGAAAGGGCUCUUGAGCAAGAGAGGUUGGAGAGGGAAAGAGCUCUGGAGGCUGAGAGAAGGGAGAAGGAGAGGAUUGAGAGAGAAAGGGCUUUGGAGCAGGAACGGUUAGAAAGGGAAAGGUUAGAGAGGGAAAGGUUAGAGCGGGAAAGAAUAGAAAGAGAGAAAGCUAUGGAGCAAGAGAGACUAGAAAGGGAGAGAGCUCUAGAGCAAGAGAGACUAGAAAGGGAGAGAGCCCUGGAGCAGGAGAGACUAGAAAAGGAGAGAGCCCAAGAAAGAGAGAGACUAGAAAGGGAGAGAGCCCAGGAGCAAGAGAGACUAGAAAGAGAAAGAGCUCUGGAGCAAGAGAGACUAGAAAGAGAAAGAGCCCUGGAGCAAGAGAGAAUAGAAAGAGAGAAAGCCAUAGAGCGAGAGAGAAUAGAGAGAGAAAAAGCUUUAGAAAAAGAAAAGUUGGAGAGGGAGAGAGCCCUAGAACAAGAGAGGUUAGAGCAUGAGCAGAGGGAAAAGGAGAGACUUGAGAGAGAGAAGGCACUGGAGCAGGCGCGGAUAGAGAGGGAGGCCUUGGAACGAGAGAGGGAGGAGAAAGCACGGGCAGAGAGAGAAGCAGCUUUGGAGAAGGAAAGGGCAGAGAAGGAGAAGAAAGAGAGACUGGAGAGGGAGAAAGAGCAGGAGAAACUUGAAAGGGAGCUAGCCUUGGAGAAGGAGAAGAAGGAGAGGGCUUUAGAACAAGAAAGGGAGAGGGCUCUCGAACAUGAACGGUUAGAGAAGGAGAAAGCCAUGCAGAAAGAGAAGGAGGAGCAGGAGAUGGCUCAGGAGAAAGAGAGGGCUAGGAUGGCUGAAAAAGAGAGGGAGAGUCACCUCCCUCCAUCCAAACGUGGCCGUGAGAUUGGUCUCACUCCCCUGCCCACUCCUCCCCUCCUUUCAACAGGCCCUGGUAGAAAGUCAUCGACGGAUGCAGGAGAGCAGGAAGAUGUCCAUGCUCCAAUGUCCCGGAUUGAAGCGACAGAGACCAGCGCUCCCAUGUCACCGAUGCCUCAAUCCUCAUUCAAGAAGUUCCGGUUCUUACGAGACUCCCAAAUUCAACCUCAAUCUUCCUCCACCUCCAUGGUUAUCAAGCGGCCCCGUAACUUCUCUGACACCCCCCAGCCUGAGGUGUCACCUAUCUCCUCCCCCACCAAUGUUGGGGAACGACAGCAGGAAAGACACCAGGCCUCCUCUGAGGAAGAUCCGCAGAAGCAGACAAAACAGGAGGUUGUGGCUGGGCUGCCAGGAUUUGUGGGGACUCAGUCUGAGAAGGAGACCAUUGUUGGCACAGCAGUGGUCCAGAGUCCCAAGAAAGAUAGGGCCACAAAUCUUGUAUCACCUGACAAAGAACAAGCAGAUCCAGUGAAAACAGAACAGGUUUCAAAGGAAUCAAACAAAAAAGCAAAAGAAGUGGAUGAAAGCCAGGGUCCUUCAAGUCCAGCUGAUGCUGCACAGAGAAGGGGAAGAGAUGCAAAGAGGGACGAAAAACAAGCAAGACGAAGAUCAACUUCUAAUGACUCCUCUUCCUCAGAAUCAGAUUCUGGGUCCUCAUCAUCUCGCUCCUCUGGCUCAUCUACAUCUUCUCAAGAGAAAACCUCCCCCACGUCAAGAGGUAGAAGGGGAGGGAAACCUGAAAGAGAUGCAUCACCACUGCACAGGGUGACACUUGAGGCUCGGGCUAAGAGUUCAAAGGAAACUCCAAAAGCCUCCCCUCACAAAAGAGAGAUGCUUUUAGAGAAAAAUGACACAAAUGCUCACCCCAAGAAACCGCUCAUUGAAGCACCAACCAGGGAGGAGACGCAAAGGAAGAGAAAGGACAGCGAGGGAGAGGAGGAAAAGGACAAAAAAAGGCAGGUGAAGGAGACUACCAUGUCAGAGCCAGAGAAGGUUCCAGAGACCAGCGAGGAGACACCAAAGGCCUUCUCAGCUCGUAAGAUCUCUCUUAGCAGCAGUAAAUUGUCCCCAGGCACUGGAAGUGCAGAGGGCGAGCAAGAGUCUGGAGCUGCUGCAGGUCGCAAGAGGAGGUGGGGCUCCAGCACAGCUGUCACUGCCAAGAAACCCUCCAUCAGCAUCACCACAGAUUCACUCAAGUCCCUUAUCCCAGACAUUCGGCCACUUGGCCAGGAGGCAGUGGUGGACCUGCACCCGGAGGAAGCUGUCCUAUCUGGGGCUGAGGAUGAAGACAGGGAGCGCUCAGACCAGGACCUUCAGAUCCGACGCACUGUCACACAGGUGGUGCACUCUGAGAGUCAGGAGAAUGGACAGAAGGAGGCAAAGAGGAGUAGACAUGAGGAGUUGGAGGAGGAUGAUCUGCGGGCCGAUGGAGAGAGGACAAGGGAGCAUGAAGAGAAGUUGGACACCUCAUUUUCUGGAGCCAUGGAAACCCAGUCUCCAUCAGAUACCAGCCAUGAUGUAGAAAUUAACACUGUGAGCCCUGGCGACACCCUCAUUCGUCGCUCCAUCAGCCAGCAGAAGACCGGAGUUUCCAUCACAAUCGAUGACCCUGUUCGCACGGCCAGGCAGCCCUCACCACCCCGUGGCAAAGUCUCCAAUAUUGUUCACAUUAGCAACCUGGUAAGGCCGUUCACUCUAGGGCAGCUUAAGGAACUGCUCAGUAGAACUGGUACCCUGGUGGAGGAGGGCUUCUGGAUCGACAAAAUCAAGUCUCACUGCUAUGUCACAUACUGUAGCUCGGAUGAAGCAGUUGCUACACGGGCAGCACUUCAUGGAGUGAAAUGGCCUCAGAGCAACCCAAAAGUCCUUAGAGUAGACUUCUGCCAGCAGGAUGAGUUGGACUUCCACAAAGGCUUGGGUGCAGCUGACAGACCUGGAGCAGAGGAGCAAGGCCCUGGCUCCGGGCGCGGUCGAGCAUCGGGCCUGCCCUCCCUCCUUCAAGAGCGGGACCAGUGGGCCGAGCGAGAACGCGAGAUGGAGCGCAGGGAGAAGGCCAGAGCUGAGCGUGAGUGGGAUCGCGAUAAGGUCAAGGAGUUCGGAAAACCUGGAGAGGAGAAGGAAGGUGGUCCCCGGAGGUCACGCUCCAGAGAGAGACGACGCAAAGAAAGGGGGAAGAGUAAGGAGAAGAAGACCGACAAGAAAGACAAAGCUGCAGAGGAUCCUCCUGCAAAACUUCUUGAUGAUCUCUUCCGCAAAACUAAAGCAGCUCCUUGCAUAUACUGGCUUCCACUUACAGAAGAACAGUUUGUUCAGCGGGAAGCUGCCAGAGCAGAACGGACGAAGGAGCGUGAGAAACGGAGGAAGGAGCAAGAAGAGGAGGAGGAGAAAAAAAGGGAAGAGGAGCGCAAGGAGAGGAUGAAGGCAGGAAGCGGCGCAGCUGGAGAGCGAAGUGAGGGUGAGAAGGACAAGGACAGAGAAAGAGAGAGGGACAGAGACCGAGGUAGAGACAGGGACAGGGAGAGGGAGCGGGACAACGACAAACGCAGGGAUGGCUACCGUAGGCCGGGGGGGAGCGGGGCAGGCGGUAGCCGACGCUCACGUAGCCGCAGUGACCCGCGAGAAAGGCGGCGUUAAUGGCCAAUCAACUGAUGGAACUGUCCUAGAGAUCACCCUCUUCCAUUUGCCUUUCACUACAUGUACUUUGUUACAACUAAGACCCAACAGAGGACCAACUGAUGUCGUCACCAUCUCUCAAAUUGUCACCUUUUUUAAAGCACAUCUACACCUACACACAGUCAUGCUUAAAGGGGACCAUGAUUUUUUGCAGUGUUGUUUCCCAGAGUGCUGUACGUCUCGCUCCUGUCAAGGUUUGAUAUAUUUUCUUUAUAUGUUUGCCUCUCUUUUUUCUUUGGGUUUUUGUCUUGACGGCAUAGCAGUAUGGUACGCUGGGUAAUUUUAACGUUCAGCGUUCCCCAUGUGCCCCAAGUGUAGGUGCCAAUUAUGAUUUGCUAUCAGUCGUCGUCUCUUCUGUGUUUCAACAGCUCUGCUGUUUGGAUGAGGAAUCCUUUUGUUGCUGCAUGUAGUCCAAGGCUCUCCUUGCCAGGCCUGCCUAAAGAGAAAACUCAACCUUGUGUGCAAAGGCUUGCAUAAAUCUAAAAAUAUUGGAACAGUGUAUUUGGCAUUUUGUACAGACAUAUAAAAUAACUAAAAAUUUAAAUGGACAAUAAAAUGAGGCAGCUCUGGGGUAUUUUUGGACAGGUGUGUAAAAACUACUAAGGCAAUGCAGUGUUCUCUCCCUUGAUUUAGUUAAGAGAUGAGAUGAUUCUCUUGGGGGAGGGAAUCUCUGUCACACCAGACACGUUAUGAUUAUAUCCUCAUCAUUGAUUCUCUUCUUCCUCCCUCCUCAUCCUCAAGUUCUCUUACCCUGUUGCGUCAAUACAGACACAAGAGGCGAGGUUGCAUUAUGACUUUUCUCACCAAUGGUUUUAAUAUUGUUUUUUAAUCAUUAUUUUAUCAUUUUAGUACCAAGCUUUUGUUUUUUGUUUUUUUUAAUUUCUUCUUUGAGUACGCCUAUCAGUGGUGAAUGUACAAAUAAUAAAAAAUGAAAUUUGAA